AAUGUCACAGUGUUUAAAAAGAGUUUUACCACUGUGUGUAAAGUCAGGGCGUCAGCUCUCUGACACGCUGUUUAUAAAAGAUCCUCUCGUUGAUUUGGAAGCUGUUCACAAGGAUUGGAAAUCAGGCGGCUUCUUCCCCAGGGCACCUGCACAUGUGGUUCAACACGGAGCAAAGUGUCUGCAAACCCAGCUGUCCCACGCGCGGCUCAAUAACCACGUGCUAGGGGGGAAGCUGUACAGAAUGUUCCCUUUACACGCUAAAUACGGGGGUUUACACAUUGACUUUGGGACGAUGACCGCACCUUCCCAGACCCUGCAACCACCACGGGUUGAGUGGAGUUCUGUUCCGAUUGACCCAGACAAGAAAUACAGUAUGAUAAUCUACUCGCCUGACUGCACUAACUGUAGAAUACACUGGUGGGUCUCUAACAUCAGCCCUGAUAGCCUUCAGUCUCAUGACGUCACAGAUGAUGACGUCACAGAUGAUGACGUCACAGAUGAUGACAUAACUGUGCUUCCAUACGUUCCAGCAGUGCCACUAAAAGGAACUGGCGUUUACCGCUACGUUCUACUUUUAUUAGAACAAGACUCAACAGUCAAUAAUAGUCACACUGAUAGAUUAUCUGAGCUGUCUAGCAUUAUUGAUGAGCACAAACUGUUACCUGUAGGGUUAGCCUUAUACCAGUCAUUUUGGGACGAAACUGUAGGUCCUAGUUUAGCUUCUUGUCUCGGACUAGAUGAACAACAAUUUUCUGUUGAGCGUCCUAAAGAUGUCGAAGAAUUUUAUGCAGAGGAGAUGUUUUUGAGAAAAGAAUGGGAAAUGAAAACCGAUUUUAUGUGACGAACUCUUUUUGUAUCACUAUUAUAUCCCUCCUUUCCAUACAGAGCAAAGUAUAA